AUUCUUACGCCCAAUAUCUGGGUCAGAAGUUCCUGAUUGAGUACGGAAUUGGACUCAUAGACCUCCAGGUGGACAACGCAAUGCAGUAUAGCGAGAUGAAAGUCCGUAUUGAGUUGAUUCGACGCUAUGGCUAUGCUAUGCUAAACAUCUACAUUCCAUCCCUUACCCUUCUCAUUAUUAGCUAUGUAACGCUCUUCUUCCGGCCAACUAUAUUUGAGGUAAGAGUAAUGACUGCACUCACUGCCCUCCUGGUGUUAGCUACCCUCUUCACGCAAGUCUCAACUUCUUUACCCAAAACCUCCUACUUCAAGAUGGUGGACAUUUGGCUCCUCUUCUGCAUCGUUCUCAUAUUUUUCAUCAUCAUCUUCCACACUAUCAUUGAUUUCCAUGUUGAUUAUAGUAACACAGGAGCGCCUCUCUCCUCCAAGGGAUGGGUUGGCACGUCUCAAAGAAGCUCCGGUUCAAAUAUCGUGAAGGUAACUCCUGUAGGUGGUAAUACUAAAAGUGGCGAUGAAGAUAUGAAUAACUUGUCAAUUAAUUUCCUGAAGGUGAGGUUUGAUGCGAAGUUUUAUAUUAAUUUGUCAAAGCUUACCAUGUUUCUGGUGUUCUUUGUGUUUAAUAUUACGUAUUGGGGGACACUGGCGGUGGGUUCUGGUCUGGUUUAUUACUACUGAAGGUGGCGGUAGUGGUUUUAUUUUACUCCUGACAUACUACUACUACUACUACUUCUACUACAUUUUUUUUUAAACAUAUCCUCCAUCCUCCCCUUAUAGCCACACCUUCGCCGCCA